AGCAAAGAGUAACAAGACUUUCCGGCGGUACGGAUAUCUCGAAGCAAGCCUUGGAUGAGUGUGGUUGGAAACCAACAAAACCUCACCAACAGCAUCGAAGGUUGUCGUUCCGAAAUGCAGCCCGUGUCCCCGCGUUACUGUUGCUGAUGGUUUAGUAAAUGUGUUAAAACGGCUCACAAAACAGAAUCAAAAGCCCUGUGUCUUAAACGGUAGUGAAACGGAACGGACAGUACAAAAUCGCAGCAACCGUAGUGUAGCCCCCGUAGCGAACCACGACCGAGCAAUGAGCAACGAAAUGUCCUGCAAGGGAAGCCCCACAUCGACUGCGAGCGCCCGCAUCAGCCUCGCCACGGACGAAAGCCACUUCAGUCUGGCCAGCCUCAACUCGUCCGUUAGCCAGGACGAGUACUUCCGGUGCCCCGGUCACUCCGAUCUGGUUCUGAAGCGCAUGCAAGAUUACCUCCAGAGCGAGAAGCUGUGCGAUGUGGUGCUGAUCGCUGGCGUCGAUGGUCGACGAAUUCCCGCCCACCGACUGGUGCUGUCGGCAUCUUCGGCCUACUUCAGCGCCAUGUUCACCGGGCAGCUGCGCGAGAGCCAGCAGGAGGAGAUCACACUGCAGGAGGUGUCCGGUGAUGCGCUGAACUCGCUCGUCCAGUACUGCUACACCGGUGCGAUCGAGAUCCGGGAGGACACGGUCGAAACGUUGCUGGCCACCGCGUGCCUUCUGCAGCUCAGCACGAUCGUCACGGCGUGCUGCAACUUUCUCGCGCGUCAAUUACAUCCGUCCAACUGUCUCGGGUUCUCGCUGUUCGCCGAGCAGCAGGGAUGCACCGACCUAUUGAAGCUGGCCACGGCCUACACCUGCCAACACUUUCAGCAGGUGUGGAAGAACCAGGAGUUCUUCAUGCUCGACGUAACCCAACUGGCCAACCUGCUGCGGAGCGAUGACCUGAACGUACCGAACGAGCAGGAAGUGUUCCAUGCGCUCAUGGCUUGGAUACAGUACGAUCCAGAGGCGCGCAAACGCCACAUCCCGGAGCUGCUGGGUUUGAUUAAGCUGCCACUGUUGCAACCAUCGUUUAUAGUGGACCACGUCGAAAGCCUCUGCGAAGGGGCGAACGAAUGCCAGCAGCUGGUGAUGGAGGCGUUUAAGUGGCACCUGAUUCCGGGCCGUCGCUCGCUGAUAUCGACCGCACGGACACGGCCCCGAAAGUCCACCAUGGGCCGAUUGUUGGCGGUCGGAGGUAUGGACGGUCACAAGGGGGCCAUCAGCAUCGAGAGCUACGAUCCGCGGUUGGAUAAGUGGACGAUGCUGAAGAGUAUGCCGACGCGCCGCCUUCAGUUCGGGGUGGCCGUGCUUGACGAUCGUCUGAUCAUCGUCGGUGGGCGCGACGGGCUCAAGACGCUCAACACGGUCGAAAGCUUCGACCUGGUCACGAUGGCCUGGAGCCCGAACGUGCCGCCGAUGGGUACGCCCCGUCACGGUCUCGGGGUGGCGUUCCUGGAGGGUCCACUGUACGCCGUCGGCGGUCACGACGGUUGGAGCUACCUGAAUACGGUCGAACGCUGGGACCCGUCCGCGCGCACCUGGAGCUACGUGGCCCCGAUGACGGCCAUGCGAUCGACCGCCGGAGUGGCCGUCCUUGGUGGGCGCCUGUACGUGGUCGGUGGCCGCGACGGAAGCUCGUGCCACCGAACGGUCGAAUGUUACGAUCCGCACACCAACAAGUGGACGAUGCGGGCUCCGAUGAACAAACGGCGCGGUGGCGUCGGAGUUGGCGUGCUGAAUGGGUUUCUGUACGCACUCGGUGGCCACGAUUGUCCGGCCAGUAACCCAGCCGUCUGCCGGACGGAAUCCGUCGAACAGUACGAUCCGACCACUGACACGUGGACGCUGAUCGCCUCGCUGAGCAUCGGACGGGAUGCGAUCGGUGCGUGCGUGUUGGGUGACUGGUUGAUCGCCGUCGGUGGCUACGACGGCAAUCGCUACCUGAAGAUCGUUGAGCAGUACGACCCGGAAACGAACGAGUGGACCCAGAUCGACUCGGUCGUCUACAAUCGGGCCGGCGCGUGUGUCGUGGCCAUCCCGAACAGCUUCACUGCGGCCCCACCGCCAGUCGCCAGUGGGUCGGGUCCGGGUCCGUCGAGCACCGCCCUUGCCGUUCCUGCGUCUUCCAGUGCGAGCCUUGCGGCCGCCGGUGCUCACAACAACAGCACUACGGGCUGGCGCAGUUCCACCACCAACAACUACUACUAUCGCAGACACUUUCGCAUCUGUGAUUAUUAUGUGUAAGGCUGGAUCGUCGACGAGGGGAUCGGCCGAAACGAAGCGAGACGGAACGCAUGCACCACCAGCAGACGGCAGCGGGAACGAAGAUUAAACAAGAAAAGUCCUUUGAAUUUCUCUAAAUUUUCAAUCUUAUUUGACAGUCUGUGAUUUUAGCUUUUUAUACUACGUUCCGAUCACGUGCGCUGAAGAUUAAGCUAUAUUAAAAAAAGGAAACAUAAAAGCAAGACAAAAGUGAUGUAGAGAAGCGCUCCCCGGUAGAUGUGACGGCCUACGGAGCACGAGCAGGGAAAUCAAAGAGAAGCCAAAGAUUUUUGCCUACAGUUCACUAGCCUAAAGCACUGCGCGGUCGCGCGAUCGACCAAACCCGCCCCUAAACAAAUGCUACGCUUUUCAAGAACUAGGUUUUCUUCGGUUUUAGCAACUCGUCCCAAACAGCGGGUCGAUCGCGAUCGAGCUGUCCGAUAGAUAGAUCCAGAUCCUGCCAGCUUGCCGCACGGUGGUCAAUUGAAUUGUAGAAACGCGGCCUUCACACCGAUCAACCCACUCAAACCACGGAGAUAUUUUUGCUAUAUGCGCGUAACGAGAGUGGACGAAUUUUUGAUGCCAAUUAUUCCGUUUCUGAAAACGCAAAUCAAAACAAAAUGUAGACACGUCAACACGUGAAAUAGUCUGUAAGAGCGGGAAAGAGGAAAAUAAAUG